AGAUAGAUAGAUAGAUAGAUAGAUAGAUAAUUAAAGGACGCGCUUGGUCAUGACUGCGCAUUAUGUGCGCAGUAUUGAUGCGGUAAAAGUUUUUUACUUCGCGCCCCGCUAAACGGAAGUAGUUUAAAUUCGGAGAUGUGGAGAGAGAGAAAGUGUGUUUUGUAAAGAAGAGAAAACACCGGAAACAGAAAUCAUGUCCAAACUGAAACGAAGGAAGACUGCGGCAGAUGAACUCAAAUCUGAGCAACAGUUUAAGGCCAGAAACCGAAAAGAGAGUCUGCGCAUCGCACACGCAGCGCUGCAGCCACUACCUGAAUGUUCUUCAGCAGGUGGAAGAUCUUCAUGCUGGACCUCCUCUGCUCUGUGUGAGGUGGAGAAGCUGUGGAUGAAAACUCUGCAGGUUUUAUGUCCACAGUCCUCGUCUCAGGACUCUGAGGAUCUCCGUGUUCCUGCUUUCCCUCAGCUCUCCACGGAGAAGAAGGAAGGACGGUCAGGUCAGUGUUUGUGUGAUCUGGAUGAAGAUGUUAUUCCUUUCCCUAUUCCUGAUCCCGUUCCAGGCUCUGCUUCUUUCUCUUCCUCUCCUGACCCGAGGCACCGAGAUGGCUGCGUCCCAAUCCACCACACACCGAGCUCCCUCAGCCAGGGGAACCGGCACGCUGACGGACCUCAAUGUGAGUGGGAUGGAAACGGGUCCAGCACCAGAAACUCCGGAUUGGGAUCGGAGCGUUCUGAAACAGUGUGUGAACGUGAAGCAGGAACAAGAACUGUAGGCACUUCUGGAAUAAAACCCAGAGCAACAGCUGGAUUAGGAAUAACAUCUGAAUCAGGAGCUGAAAUUGGUCACAGAGUCCAAACAUCUGGAAGUGGAUCAGGAUCAGAUGGAAUUAGACUGGAAUGCUGUCCGAUGUGCCUGUCGUCUUUUCCUGCGAGGUUUUCUCAGAUGGAGUGCGACUCUCAUCUUGCCCAGUGUUUAUCAGAGAUGAAUGUAGAUGUGGUGUGGUGAACUUCGUCGUCGUCGUUCCUUCGUAGGUCACAUGACCUGGUGACCUCAUCCACACUGUUGUGAAUAAACUGUACAGCGCUACAGAAAACGUUAUUAAUCCCACAGGGGUUCUUAAUCACACUAAUACUGAAUAUUUUAAUAUAUUUAAAAAUAACAAAUAAUCUAAAUGGUUUGCUUUGAAUUUAGCAGUUAUCAUAACAGCUAAAGUAGCAGUGUUAAUGUAAAUAUGCUAAUAAAUGAGCACAUGUAAUGUAAACAUGCUAAUAGUGCUACAGAUACAGUGCUAAUAAACACUUAUGUGACUUUCUUGCA